AUGUUCUCAACUCUAGCUUUAUGCUCCCUAAGCAUUCUCUCCACCUUUACCACCACAGCAGCUCUCCAGUUUCCCCCGGUAGACCUGGGCUACGCAACACACGUCCCAACAUAUAUUAACACCACUGAAUCGGGUACUCGAAUCGGUCUGUACAACAACAUCCGCUUUGCCCAACAACCUACUAGUUCCCUGCGGUUCCGAAAACCACAUACCCCCCCGCCGUCCCAACACGGUAUCCAAGAUGGCAGGGAUAGGCUGUUCUCUAGCGACUGUGUCAGUGCGGCGCCGCCGCAGGUUCUAUUCCCAACAAUAAAUGGCUCCGCAUGGGGACAGGAAGAUUGCCUCUUCUUAAACGUGUGGGUGCCGGAGGGCGUUCGGCCAGGGGAUAAUGUACCGGUGAUUCACUGGUUGCAUGGAAGUGCGUAUGCGUUUGGAAGUAAAGAUCUGUUUAAUGCGAUGGGGUUGAUGGAUUUAAUUAAGAGGAGGGAGGAUCGGUUUAUUUUUGUGGCGAGCAAUUACUCCCCAGAUCCCGAUGUUCAGGAUCUAAAUGGACAGACUGAGGAGACAGCCCACAGUGGCGUGAAUAGAGAGCCCUGUCUUUCGUAUCAGGAUGGUAGGGAUGGUUCGAAUUCACCUACAGAGGACCACACGACCAAUACCUGGGAGCACAAUGUCUGUGAGGUACGGAACCCAGAACAUCCUCGCCUGCGGCCUCUGCAGAAGUAUGUUGAGUUUUCACAUGUUGAGAUACGCAAUCCCGCAAGAGAAAUAGGGUGUAUAGUUGACGCUAUCGAGGAAAUGUCCAGCGGGAAAGCUAAAUGCAAUAACAACGCGGUGUUAGCCGGUGGGCCGUGGUGCUUGGAGGGCACAACUUUGUCUGCCGAUAUCCGGGAGGUCGAGCGAACACCUGUCUUUGUGGGAUAUUCUACCUUUCGAGUACUGGAUGGCCAACUUUUCCAAUCUAUUACGCUGGCCCAGGGCCACGUUAGACUCCCGUCUGCAAGGAAGCCCAGCAACCCACCCCGCAAAGCAAAAAAACGACAAGGCGGCGAUACGAAAAGGGCAAGAAAGGCCUGUCAGGCGCUACCUGCUGCCACCAACCAUGGUAGCCUUUCACAUGAGCAGAAACAGGGGCUUGUGCGCCUGAGAGAAGAAGGACUUACGUGGAACGAAAUUGCCAGCAGGUUUCCUGGUAGGAAAAAGGGUACACUCCAGGCUGCUUAUUAUAGUUGGGUAAAGAGCACCCACGGUCUAAGCACUCAACUUCUUCACCACAACGGGCGCCGUCCGGCAGCUUCAGAUAAGCAAUCAUGCAGGGCGACUGAACAGACCACUCUCUCCGUCCGUUCCUGGAAUCCACCGAAGAGAGUAGUCAAAAACCCGCGAUACUCUUUUCGACCGAGAUGUAUUCCAUGA